AUGGGAAUGGCAAUGAGAGAGCAGGUCGUUAUCAUCGUAGGGGCCGGGCCUUCGGGUCUGGCGACUUCUGCAUGUUUGAAAAACCUCUGCAUCCCAAAUGUAGUCAUCGAGAGGGAUGACUGCUCUGCUUCUCUAUGGAAGAAACGUUGCUAUGAUCGCCUUAAUCUCCACCUCGGCAAAGAAUUUUGCGAGCUUCCUCAUUUUCCUUUCCCGCCCGACGCACCCACUUUCAUAUCAAAAAUAGAUUUUAUUAAAUAUAUAGAUGAUUAUUCUACCCGUUUCGGGGUAGAACCUCUGUUUUCGAGGGAGGUGAUUGAAGCAACCUAUGAUAGGGAGGUACAGAGGUGGAUCUUGCAUGUGACUAACACAUGCACAAAAAAUGUUGAGUGUUACAGUGGGAGAUUCUUGGUAGUUGCUACCGGGGAGAAUAGUGAGGGCAUAAUACCUGAAAUUCCUGGACUUCCUGACUUUGAGGGGGAGGUAUUGCACUCUUCCCAAUUCAAGUCAGGAAGGACUCACAGUGGCCAAAAUGUGCUUGUGGUUGGCUGCGGGAACUCGGGCAUGGAGAUUGCUUUGGAUCUCUCAAUUCACGGUGCCGAUGCUUCGAUUGUCGUGAGAAACCCGAUCCAUGUGAUGAACAAAGAAUUGAUUCACAUGGGAAUGCGUCUGUUAAGGUACUUUCCACUGGGGUUAGUGGAUAGGCUCAUGGUUGCUUGUAGCCAGUGGUUGUAUGGAAAUACAAGUCAGUUUGGCAUUCGAAGACCAGAGGAGGGCCCAUUUCUACUAAAGAGGAAGACUGGCAGGAGCCCCAUCCUUGAUCAAGGAACAUUUAACAAAAUAAAAUCUGGGGACAUAAAGGUCCUUCCUGCCAUUGCACACAUAAGAGGUAAGGAAGUGGAUUUUUCUAAUGGUGAGAAGAAAGUCUUCGAUGCUAUAAUAUUGGCAACUGGCUACAAGAGUGCAAUAAAGGCAUGGCUCAAGGAUGAGGAGGAAAUUUUUAAUGAAGAUGGAAUGCCUAGAGCUAAAUAUCCCAACCACUGGAGAGGACCUAAUGGUCUCUACUGUGCUGGACUCUCAAGAAGGGGGCUGUUUGGAGUAUCUGAAGAUGCUAUGAACAUAGCAAAUGACAUAUACUCCCUCUUUAGAGAUGGACUCAAUAGUGAAAGAGGGCUUUGA